AUGGAUCUCUACUUCUUGAGCCGCAGCAGCCAAUCCGAAGCCCUACUAGAGUCAAUAGCGAUGGUGGACCGCGUAGUAUGGUUAAGUCUGGCUGUGGCGUUGAUAGCGCUUUAUUGGGCCAAUCUCGUCAUCUACAAUAUAUUCUUUCACCCGCUCUCUUCCUUUCCCGGCCCAUUUUGGGCCAGGGCCUCCUUUGUAAGAGUCCAUAUUUCUAGAACGGCCUUCAAUAUCUCCCCUUUAACAUACGGGUUUCCAGAUGUGGCGAAUAUGGCAUACCUCCACUGGCCGUACAUUGUGCGGAUCUCGCCGAACGAGCUUUCCUUUGCUUCUGUCGAGUCUUGGAAAGCAAUUUAUCAACCAAAGAGCGCACCUCUGGUCAAGAGCGAGUUCUAUGAGAUUUAUGGAUCCGGGUUCAACUCAUUGUGCAUUGGAAGUGAGCGCAACCCUCAAACUCAUAAUAGAAUGAGAAAGUCACUUGCGGCUGCGUUCUCCACAAAAGCCCUUUUAGAGCAAGAAGAUAUAAUUCAGGGGUGUGUGAAUGAUUUCAUCGAAGGGAUUCAGUCGCAGACAAACAAAAGUGUGGAUGCAGUUAACAUGACCAAGUGGUUUGAGAUGCUCGCAUUUGACAUUCUUGGUGAGAUGGCGUUUGGAGAAUCGUUCCAUUGUAUUGAAAACAGUAAGGAGCAUUCAAAUUUUGAUCGCUGCCCUUUAAUCGAUAUUUUAUUCCAACUGACGGAGCAUCUGUAUUUCAUCACCAUUUUGGAUAAUUUACGCCGAUAUCCUCUGAUCGCUGCGAUCGGAAAAAACAUCUUGCCACAUUUAACAGUCAGUGUUCGCAAUAAGCAUACGAAUUACAGUCGUCGAAAAGUCGCCGAUCGGCUGCAGAGUCCAUCAUCUCGUGCAGACUUCAUGUCGCGUCUGAUUGCCAAAGUGGAAGAUGAGGAAAUGGACAUGGAGGAGCUCACAGCACACGCAUCCACUCUUGUCAUAGCUGGGGGUGAAACAGUAGCUACCUUUCUAGCGGCCGUGACAUAUCAUUUACUUUCAACGCCACAUGUCUAUCAAAAGCUGCGCGAUGAGAUUCGGGGCCGGUACAACCACCUAUCCGAAAUAACUUCGACCACAGCAUUACAAUUGCCUUAUCUUCAGGCCGUCAUAUCCGAAGGGUUACGGAUCUAUCCGCCAGGGUCUCAGGGCUUCCCGCGAAAUACCCCACCCCAAGGCAUUGUGGUUAAUGGAAUAUAUGUGCCCGGAAAUGUAGAGGUAUAUACAUCCGCGUGGACGGUCACCCAUGAUGCCCGCUACUUCCAUGACCCUUACACAUUCAAACCAGAACGCUGGCUUGACCCUAACUGUACCGACAAUAAAGAGGCUAGCCAGCCCUUUUCGCUCGGCCCAAGAGGAUGUCUCGGUCGGAACUUCGCGAUUGUGGAAAUGUCCCUCAUCCUAUGCAAUUUACACUUUCAGUUUGAUGCCGAGCUUGUUAAUCCAGCCCAAGAGUGGGAAUCAGCGAGCCAACUGCAUGUUAUGUGGUGGAAGCCGAAUUUACCCGUGAGGUUUAUCCCCUGCGCUAGAAACGAUUGA